AUGGAGCACCUGGCAUCUUUCCUUCGACAAGAUAAGAAGCUUCAAACACUUCGAGCACAGAACAUCCAGACGCCAUCCUACUACACAGCGGUGUGCCACAUGCUUUCCGCCCAGUGCGGUGUCGGUGCUGAGGAGAUGCUCGACUUCACCAAGGCCAUGGAGGUGAAUAGCACCUUGGCCACUUUGGACUUGCGUGGCAACUCGCUGCACUCCGGCAUCGUUUCGCGCCUGCAGCGAACCAUGGAGGAGAAGCGCAGUGUGGUCCCUUUGCCAUUUGACGCCAAGAUUUGCUUUUUGCUGUGCAAUCGCCGCUUGCCGUACCAUCUGCAGCUACCCGAGGUUUAUGAGGUGAGCCGGCUCUUCACGGGCGGCGCCUAUUCGAUCUUCCAGUUCUGUGGGCAGCCCCGGACGCUUCUGCUGGAUGAGGUGCAGGAUGAGCCAAUGGAGCCUGCAGGCCCGGCUGUCAUUGAGAUCACUUCAUAUCACUUUGCAGACGGCCUCAUCCCGGACAGCGAUGACGAAUUCGAGGCUGAGGACUUCCACAACCAGAGGCGCUCCCUGUCCGAGGAAAUCCCCCUGUCCUUCGCGUCUUCGUUCAAGCUUGCCUUGACAUGCUUUGGCAACCUGUUUGAACAGCCGCGCGCUGUGGACAUUCAGUGUGUGGUGCUGCUGCAGGGCUCUGGGCCACAGAACAGCAGCCAGAACGUUACUGUCGAGAGAUGGGACGGCCUGGUAUUCACGACUGUGAGCAGGUUCAACUUUGUCCCGGGCGAUGAGUUUAUCAAGUUGCGUUUGGACAUUCCGAGUUCGUCACCGAGUGCUUUGGUGGUGGACUUUGAGCGAAAGGCCUUGCUCCUUGCGGCCUUAGAAGAGACCGACGAUCCUGCAGCGAAGAGGGACUCUUUGGAAGCAAACAACGACAAGAUUCAGGCUGAGUUGACGAUGCUGGUGUCCAGCUGGCCACCAGAGCUGCUUCGAAGCAAGGCACCCAGCGGAGACAUGGCUUUGGCCAAUAGGUAUGCCUUGGUUGAGUACAACGUUGGUGGCCCACGCCUCUGGCAUGAAAGGUGGGUCACAGAACACGUUGAAGGGGACCAGUACAUUGUUGUGACCCCAGAUCGGGACGUAUAUCUGGAGGAAUUGGGGCUGCUGAACGAUGACAUCCGCACCAUCCGUCUCAGGCCGGCUAUGGGUAUAUUACCUGCUGGAAUUGUGGCUGGAGAAGUAUACCCCCUUCCAGCAUGGGGGGCGAACGACCUUGCUGCUUUGCGGGAUGAGGCCCGUCGGGCUGCUGAGGUUGAGAGACGUCGGAUUGGGGCUGUCGCCCCGGCUCCAGUGGCUGGUGGAGGAGCUCCUGCCGCCGUCGCUGCGGCUGUCGUUGUUGAUAGCAUUGAUGAGAAGAUUGGUUAUGCCUCGGGUACAUUGAAAUGGUUGUUUGCAGAGAGUUCAUUCGGGUGCAAAUUCGGCCAGGAGGCCCGGGGUGUUGCAGUCGCAUUGACAAAGGGUGCAAAGGCAGUUCACGUGUUGGCAGAUGGGAAUUCUGUUUUCAUUGAAUGUGUGGACGGUGCUGACUAUUUCAAGUUUUUGCAGGGUCCAGCCCGAUGUGAUCACAGAGUGCUCCCAAUUGAGUUGAACAACAUGGAACUGCCGGAGGUUACAUUGAAGGAUGUUGCAGCCCGCAGCCAUGAGGUCCCCAUGCGGUGGCAGUUGGCUGGCCCCCGCACCGCCCGAUGGUGCGUGAACUAUUUGGCCAUCGAGAACCUUGGCUUUGAGGGCCACCACGAACGCCUGCGGCAGGUCACCAAGGCCGACGCCUCGAGCUGGGGAAUACAGGAGCACUUCCAGACCAGCAUGUCGCUGAGGACUGCACUUUUGAUCGAUCAGGUCGAUCCCUACAAUUUGUUGAGCAUUGAAGUGCAAUUCAGGCGGCUCCAAACCAUCGAGUUCUCGUACAGUGAGAAGGCCAGAGAGGCCGAAUCCAAGGCUGUGGGAGGACGGUUGAGCUUGGAAGAGCAAACCACGUUUGGAGGUGUGACACGCCAGUACUCCACCCUGAUGAUAUGUCCAGAUUUAUUGGACCAUGUCAAGAUCGAGACGGAGAAGGAGGCAAGCCUGGCGAAGAACCUUCGAAAGGCACGCGAGGAGAGGGAGGUGCUGGAAUUUGUGAAGAGUGCAUGUCGAAGGGUGGGCAAACCGCCUGCUACUUCGGGCUCAGAGGCCCUUGAGGAGCUUCGAGUCGCCGAGGGCUAUGAGGACUUGCCGGCCUCAUCGCCCUUAGGAUCCUUCAACCCUGACCUGGUUUCAUUGCCGACGGCGGAGACGAAUCCGAUUCCGUUGUCGCAUCUUUGGGGCCCGGGCGGGCGACAAGAGGUGGAGGAUUUCUCACACACUCAAACAUUGAGCACAACAGAGGCCGAGCAGAGACUGCUUGACAGUGGAGUGGAGAAGUGUUAUGAGGACCCUCAAUUUCGUGAUCCCCACAAGUAUGCAGAGUUCAUCAAAAGAUUGUUUACAUUGAAACUUGUGGACAUGAGCUUGCAGCCUGCGGUUGAGAGAGUUGGCAUAUUUUUUGUGAAGAAAAAGGGGGGAAAGCUGCGCAUGAUUUUGGACUGUCGACGGAGCAACUGUCAUUUUGCCGACCCCAAGCCCAUCAAACUGGCUACAGGGGAGGCAAUGGCCACAAUAGAGUUGGAGCCCGAUCAGCUGCUUUACACCGCUAGUGCAGACUUGCAAAAUGCCUUCUACACCAUGGAAAUGCCGGCAGCGCUGAGGCCUUACUUUGGCUUGAGGAAACUUCGAGCUGGAGACCUGGGCAUCACAGAGGUGCAAGGACAGGCAGUGAAAGCAGAGCAGUGGCUGCAUCCUAGGGUGGCGGUCAUACCUAUGGGGUGGUCACAUGCCAUGUGGUGGUGUCAGAGGGUUAGCGAAAGGAUUUGCACCAGGGCGGGCUUGACAGAAGCAGAACGUCUUAAAGAUGGUGAACGGGCCCCCUCCGGAAACUUCUUCCACAUACAAUAUGUUGACAACUUGCAUGUGUUUGGCACUGACAAGCAACAGGUCGAACAACGAUUCUGGAAAGCAGUGCAAGCAUUGCGACAGGUUGGGCUUACAGUGCAUGAGAUUGAGUUCGACGAGUCAGACAUGUCGGUCCUGGGCUGGUCUAUUGCUAGCAGUGCAGUCUUGUCCCCAACCUUGAAGAGGCUUUGGAGAUUGCGGCUGGGCAUCAGAGAAUUGUUGAAAAGAGGUUCAGCAACAGGCCAGCAGCUGGAGCGUAUCGUUGGGCAUAUCACCUUCGUCUCACUUUGUCGGCGAGAGAGCCUUGCAGCCCUUGGAGAAGUUUACACCUUCAUCCGAAGGCACUACCGCCAACGAGUGCGGCUAUGGAAAAGUGUCAGGCGAGAACUCUGGCUUUGGGACGGCAUUGCACCUCUCAUCUUUGUUGACAUGGCUAAACCUUGGGACAACACCUUGUACUCGGUUGAUGCAUCUAACUGGGGAAUGGGGGUGGUUACCAGCAGCUGUUCAAAGGAGGAGGCCCAAGCUUUAGGAAGACACUGCGAGCGUUGGCGCUUCAAGGAUGAACAGGCUAGCAAUCCGAGGUUUUUUGUCAGGGCAGAAGAUGAGUUGUUGUUACAAGGCAGAUACAUUGACCAGACAGGUGGUGCAGACAGGACAUUCAAGACCGCGGACUUCUCGGCGGUGAACCGUCGAUGGACAGUCGUUGGCCGCCACCGUUGGCUCAGGAGAGCUUCAGUGAGCAAUGUGACCCGGAGCCGGUACGAUGCCCACUGGGCGGAGUUUGUUCAGUGGACACAGAGAGCUGUUUCGAUCCGGACACCGUUGCCUACAUUAGACCGCCUUUUGACGGACUAUCUGGAGCAUCUAUACCUGCAGGGGGAGGAUCUCAGUCGGGCCAACUACAUCACGGCUGCAACCAUUUAUCAGGUGCCAGGGUUGAAAGGUUUGGCAUCCCUGCCAAUGGCACAGCAGUCCAUGAAAGGAUGGAGGAGGUUAUGCCCGCCAAGAUCUCGGAUGCCCAUCCCGUACGAGGUCACCUGUUUGUUGGCACUCCAGGCAUGCAAGAAGGGCCUCGUCGAGGUUGCCCUGGCAAUGAUGUUGAUCUUUUCACUCUACCUGAGGCCAAACGAGGCCUUUUUGUUGAGGAGCCGAGACAUUGUCAGACCAGUGAAGAGCAAGCCCAAGGCCUUCAAGCAUUAUGCAGUGGUGUUGCACCCGCUGGAGGAAGGGGUCCCUUCAAAGACCCUGCAGUGGGACGAGAUGUUGAGCCUGGACUUGGACUACCAGAAAUUCUUGGGCCCAGCAUGGUGCAGCCAAUGGGGAAGUCUAGGGUUGACGCCCUUGGGACAGCCCCACCUGUAUCGGCUGCGACAUGGGGGCGCUUCGCACGAGGCGGCUCACAGUCUGCGAGAGUUGACGGCCAUUCAGGCUUGUGCCGUGCGUGUUCUUGGAAGUGUUCAGCGGAUGUGGAAGAUUAGGCCUGGGGGGCCUCCUCGGCUUCGGACUGAUGACAAACCCCUUGGCCUUGAUGGUUUGAGAGACGUUGAUGCUGGUAAAGUGCGUGUUGGUAAUACAUUGAUGUAUUUCAGCUGUCGCAUCUUGAGAUUGGCAAUGUUUUGGCGGAUUCCAUUCACCUUGGAGAACCCUGAGCGAUCACGUUUGUGGCUUUGUCCGGCAGUGAAGAGUUUGUUGAAGCGGAGGGGCACCUCCUCCGUGGUCGUACACUUCUGCACAGUGGUCUCUCAGAACUUCUUACACAGCUUCGAUGGCGCUCUCAGGGGAGCGCUGUCCUUACGGCUGAGCCAACCUGCUGGACAUAUUUUUGUUGACAAUGCAGCAAUCAACGACCCCCAGCAAGGGUUCAGUGCUCAGGCUUUUUUCUUUAGGUAA